AUGGGUGAAAGACGGUUCUACCUUGUAGAGUUUAAAGGGCCUGUGUCCAUGGAAUGGGUGAAGCAUGCUCCUCAUCCAAAGCUAAGAAAGACCUUUACUGAACUCUUGCAUGAGAAAGAAGGUGAACAUGAAGUGAACAGUAGCAUGAUUAAAGAAGGAGUUUUUAUUGUAGAGUGUAUGAGCUUGGAAGAAGCACUUGUGGAUUGUAUCAAAGAGAAGCGAAAAGGACAAUCAUUAUCAUCACGGGGUCGUUUUACUUGGUAUCGGACUUCUACUGACUGA